AAAUUUGUGUUCCUUGUUGCCUAACGAUGAGAUAUUCACCUGAUUAGAUUUUGUUCCUCUUCAGAUCUGAAAGGAUACCUUUUGCAGCGCAGUGAACAAAAAGAAUCAGUGGGUUACUAGCACCUUUUUGGGGUUAGAACUUGAUGCUUUGCCUCCAAAUCCAAGUAGAUUAAAGCGAAUGUGCUCCUUUAACUUUCUUAAAGAAUACUAUUUGAUAAUGGAACUCUUUAUAACCAAAUCCAUAGAUGAUCUAAAAUAUAGUGAGAUUCAAAUCCAAACACUGUUGGUAAUAGAUGUAAUUUAAUUUCGAUUAACUAAGGGAUACAUAUGGAUAGCCCCAUUCUUCUUUGUCUUCCAAUGGUCCAUAAGGUAUUGCUUCCCAGUGAGGCCACCCAAAUCAGGCAACAUACUAAACUUUCACCCCCUAUCAUGUGCUAAACGAUCACCUAAAGCAACCUCAAAAAGCCUUGGGGUGUCACCCUCCAUUCCUCCUACCUUCAAACAACCUGCCUCGCAACGUUUAAAACUUCUUCCAUCCCCCUCCCGAUGCCUCCCCCUUUGCUUCUUCACCUCGUAGCACCAACCCAUGGAAGCGUCGGCCACCUCCAACGUGUUGGCCUUUGUGCCAAUAUUAGCUCUUCUGUUCAGGAUUUCGGAUGGUUGCACCUUCACCGUAUCCAACAACUGUCCCCACCCGAUCUGGCCCGGGACGUUGGCCGGGGCCGGCACACCCCAGCUCCCGACGACCGGCUUCCGGCUCGAUUCCGGGCAGACUGCUCGGAUACGAGCCCCACCCGGGUGGUCAGGCCGGAUAUGGGCUCGAACAGGAUGCAACUUCGACACCAACGGAGCCGGCACGUGCCAAACCGGAGACUGCGGCGGACGGAUGGAGUGUGGAGGCAUUGGGGCUCUACCGCCGGUGACAUUGUUUGAGAUCACCCUCGGCACAGGCCUGGACGAGGAUUACUACGACGUGAGUCUCGUGGACGGAUACAACUUGCCUGUCGUCGCGGCACCGAGGGUGCUACACGGAGGUUGUAACGCGACCGGAUGUUUAGCAGAUCUCAACCGUGGUUGUCCCAAGGAGCUUCGGGUGGACGGUGGCGGUGGGGUGGUGGCAUGCAGGAGUGCUUGUGAGGCAUUCGGGCUGGAUGAGUACUGCUGCAGCGGGGAGUAUGCUAACCCCUCCUCCUGUAAACCAUCUUUCUAUUCAACCAUCUUCAAGGCUGCCUGCCCAAGAGCAUAUAGCUACGCAUUUGAUGAUGGCACAAGCACCUUCACCUGCAACGCCUAUGAUUACACCAUUGUCUUCUGCGCCAAUGUCAACAGGAUGAGGAGCUCACACAAUUAUUCUAAGGGUCAACCUACUGGUGACGAACCUGCGGAUACGCCAUCCUCUGCGAACAACCUUCCUUUUCAUCUAUGAUUCCUCCUCCUGUUCAUUCUGUUCUUCUAGGAUAGCUGAAGAGAUCUAUGAACACAAGCUGGAUCGAUAUCAUGACAGCUCAAAGAGGCAGGCCAGGCCAAACUAAAGUUGACAUAAACUCGUGCAAGGAGGAUCUUUGCCAUGCGGAGUUCAUCACACGUCGUGACCUAGUUGAUCUCUAUCGACCACACUUUCGACAGUCUCAAUCAAGGAGCCAGUGGUGUGCAAAAAAGUUAGAGAUGUAGAUCUCAAUAUGAUCUCUUGGGAGGAGAUCGUAACGAGCUUCCUUGGUGAUUGCGUCUUAAGAACUCGUUAUGCUUGACAACAAAUGGUACUAAAAUAUUAUUAAAUCCUCAAAAUAACCAGC